AAAAGAAGAGAAAAGAUGAACCGUGCGGAAAAUACAUACUCAAAAUGAACAGACACUUUGUAUCGAUCGUCGAUGAAUAACUCGUCUACUCGUCCAAUUCAACAGUUUUUCAUCGUCAUUACGUCACGGAACCAUGUGACUCUUUUUGCUCGUAAUGUAGCUACUUUAGCUGUGUAGAGUCAGCUGAUUCCGGUUGCUUCUCAGAUUUUCUCAGAUGCAAGUGGAAGAACAAGGCAUGGUGAGAGACGAGUAUCCAGCACCAGAAGAAGUGAAAAAGGAAGAAGACGUGGAGGAAACGGUGCAAAUGGAGGAAACUAAUCAUAGCGACACUGACGAGGAACAUCCGGAUGACAUUCGCGAAUAUCUCGAGGACGAGGCGGAUUCCGAGGAAGAUGUAUAUAUGUUAGGUAUGAAGAUAUUAGCAGAUGAGCUGGACCAUUUGCAAACUGCUUUGGAUCAUUUAGAAAGGAAGAACGAUGAUAUACAUGCACAGCUGAUGGAGUUGCUGCAAUCUAAUCGUGAAGCUAGGAAACAGUUUCAGGAAUCGCUACAAGUUGAAGAGCAACAAUCAAAAUGAUGAUCAUUUUGUACUUAGAAAACCAUAUUAUUUGUUAAUUUGUGAUCCUAAGGAUAUCCAAGUAUUAUUAUCUCUAAUAUUGUGAAUCAUUUGUUUCAUGUAUCUAUAAGAACAAAGGACAUUUAUUACAAUACAAUCUGUACUGAUCGAUCGAAUCAUAUUUGUCAGUGAUCAGGCAUAAAAACUUCGAUAGCAUUCCUGGUAAAAAGAAUAAAAUGUUAAUUUCUCGUGUAAUUAUGUACAUAUACAUGUAUAUAUACAUACAUUUGAAAAUAUUAAUGCAUUUUUAUUUAUUAAUAUGUUCCGGUGUUAAUUAAACUGCAAUUGUAAAAGCUUUUAAAUGUUAUGUUUUAUGUUAUGCAAAAAAUAUACUACUUUUUAUUAAA